CUGCAGACAGGGGCUGAAGCAGCUUUGUUCCCAGGGUGGCACCCGCCCUCCAUCCAGGCCCCACUCCGGCUCCAACCCAACCUGCUUUCCUCCUGGGGCUCAGUGGGUAGCCGGUACAGUGGGUCCCAAGCCAUGAGUGCCUAGAGGCACAGAGCCACCAGGGUCUCUCCACGUGGGGCACAGGACUCUGAAGGAUGGGGCAGGACCAGACAAAGCAGCAGAUCGAGAAGGGGCUCCAGCUGUACCAGUCUAACCAGACAGAGAAAGCUCUGCAGGUGUGGAUGAAGGUCCUGGAGAAGAGCUCAGACCUUGUGGGGCGCUUUCGCGUGCUGGGCUGCCUGGUCACAGCCCACUCGGAGAUGGGCCGCUACAAAGAGAUGCUGAAGUUUGCCGUGGUUCAGAUCGACACCGCCCGGGAGCUGGAGGAUGCUGACUUCCUCCUGGAGAGCUACCUGAACCUGGCACGUAGCAACGAGAAGCUCUGCGAGUUUCACAAGACCAUCUCCUACUGCAAGACCUGCCUUGGCCUGCCUGGCACCAGGGCAGGAGCCCAGCUUGGAGGCCAGGUCAGCCUGAGCAUGGGCAACGCCUUCCUGGGCCUCAGCAUCUUCCAGAAGGCCCUGGAGAGUUUCGAGAAGGCCCUGCGCUAUGCCCACAACAACGACGACACCAUGCUUGAGUGCCGUGUCUGCUGCAGCCUCGGCAGCUUCUAUGCCCAGGUCAAGGACUACGAGAAAGCCCUGUUCUUUCCCUGCAAGGCCGCAGAGCUGGUCAACGACUAUGGCAAGGGCUGGAGCCUCAAGUACCGGGCCAUGAGCCAGUACCACAUGGCCGUGGCUUAUCGCCUGCUGGGCCACCUAGGCAGUGCCAUGGAGUGUUGUGAGGAGUCCAUGAAGAUUGCACUCCAGCAUGGGGACCGGCCUCUGCAGGCGCUUUGCCUACUCUGCUUUGCUGACAUCCACCGGAGCCGAGGGGACCUGGAGACAGCCUUCCCCAGGUACGACUCUGCCAUGAGCAUCAUGACUGAGAUUGGAAACCGCCUGGGGCAGGUGCAGGUGCUAUUGGGUGUGGCCAAAUGCUGGGUGGCCAGGAAGGCACUGGACAAGGCUCUGGAUGCCAUUGAGAGAGCCCAGGACCUGGCCGAGGAGGUGGGGAACAAGCUGAGUCAGUUGAAGCUGCACUGCCUGAGCGAGAGCAUCUACCGCAGCAAGGGGCUGCAGCGGGAGCUGCGGGCGCACGUCGUGCGCUUCCACGAGUGCGUGGAGGAGACGGAGCUCUACUGCGGCCUGUGCGGCGAAUCCAUCGGUGAGAGGAACAGCCGGCUGCAGGCCCUGCCCUGCUCCCACAUCUUCCAUCUCAGAAAAAAGAGUAACUUCACAGUGGAGAAGGUUGGCAGACACCAGCUUCGUCAACUGAGAAAGGUUAACAUCCCCAGUAACAGGACAAGAUGAAGUCAUGCACUACCUGAAAAAAUGCAGUCAAAACCCAAGAUUUCUUCUAUGAUAUUGCUGCUAAUGACGUAUAACCUGAAACUAUAGUUACAAACACCAGAUGAACCAUAAGUGUAGAAACAUUCUACAAGGUAACUGUAAUCUUUAAAAGUGUCAUGGUCAUGAAGCCAAGGAAAGGCUGAGAAACUGCUACAGACUGAGAGAGACUAAAAGGCACUACUAUGAAAUAUAAUGCUCGAUUCUGGACUGGAGCCCUUUGCUGUAAAGGCAUUAUUGGGACAAUUGGUGAAAUGUGAAUGGGAUCUGUCUUAGUCCAUUUCUGUUGCUUAUAACAAAAUACUUGAAACUGGGUGAUUUAUAAAGAAAAUGAAAU